UACAAACCUCUGGAGGAUGACUGCACAGCCAGAGGGAGUCGAGGAAGGAAGCGAGUCAAGAAAACUUUUUUUUUUUUUUAAAUCCGCACUCUGUAAUGUUUCUCAGGAAGCAGACGCUCCUCACCUCACACUGUCAAACAGCCGGAGAGGAUAAAUGACCUUCCAGGAGAAACGCGGCGCUGUCAGCAGAGAAAUGUUGUGAACUUUUUUUAUUCUAGAGACGUUUUACUCCAAAUAUUCGCGUCCGAGAAGGAGACAAUUGCUAACCGAGUUUGGGGGCUUCGGGCAGGCUGCUGUCCUGUGGGAUGGACGACGGCCAAGGGCAGGACGACUCCGAGGAGCGCCUGAAGGAAGUUUUUAACAGUUUCGACAGCAGCGGCUGUGGCUCCCUGAGUCCGGAGGAGCUCUCCGACCUCUGUCAGUCUCUGCACCUGGACGAUGCCGCGCCAGCUCUCAUCCACUCUCUGCUCCAAAACCAAGACCUCUUCACUGCCAGGGUCGACUUUGACCAGUUCAAGCACGCUCUUAUCCUGGUUUUGUCUUCGACCAUUGAGCCUCCUCAAGCCGAACAGGAACCCUUGCCAAAGCCAGAGUCUCCUGAAAUCCAACCAAAGUUUGUGAAGCGCAGCAAACGUUACGGCCGCCGCUCCACUCCAGAGUUCCAGGAGCCCGUUUCAGACUUUUCUGAGGUUACUAACAUUAACCCAGCCAACGAGGACGAUUUGGAGGACAACUAUGACUCGGCUGUUCCCAGGAAGCGUGAGCGCUGGAAUGCCCAUGAAAGCAGCACAGAGGAGUACGAGGCGGAAGGUCAAAUGCAUCUGUGGAACCCCGACGAGCCGAGCACGCCCCGGGGGUCCGUCGUCCCCCUGUCGGCCCGCUUGGAAGAGCGACUGCGUGAAGCUUGCGAGGAGCUGGCGAUGGCGUGGGACGGAAGUGCCGCUCACUCUGAACUCCUGGCCUUGUGUGAACAUUUGGGUCUAGAGGCCAACAGUGACGCUCUGCUCAGUGUCACUGACGACGGAGUGAUGAAUGUCCGAGAGUUCGUCUCCAGGGUCGUGAACAACAACAAACCGCUCUCACCCUCCGCCUCCACUCCCUAUAGGCAACUUAAACGACAUCAUUCUACUCAGCCGUUCGACGAGGGCGGCCGAAGGAUCUCGGCUCUGACCAGCACCAUCGGCAUGCGUCUGUUCUCGACACUCGACGACGGGAGCGGUUUCACCCCGGCCGAAUACGUUCUGGACGCCUGGAUAGAGGAGGGGAUAGAAAACAGCGCCGAGAUUCUGCAGGCUUUGAAUUUCAAUCUAGAAGGAAAACUGAGUCUCGGCGAACUCACCGUGGCCCUCGAAAACGAGCUGCUCAGCACCAAGAAUCAUGUUCACCAAGCAGCGCUAGCGAGCUUCAAAGCUGAGAUCAGAUACCUCCUAGAGCAAGUCGACAGAGAAAUCGGAGAGAAGAAAAAAAUCCAGUCUGAUCUGGAAAAAACGGAGAAGCAGAAGACUCAGCUUGCCACAGAAGUGGACGAGCAUCACUCUGCAAUAGAGCACAUGAACAACCUCAACCUCAGGAAGCUUGAGCAGGACUACAAGGAGAAGCUGACGGCCAUCCGGUCGGAGCUGACGAAGGAGAUGGACCAGAUGCAGCAGCAGGCGGGCCUGCAGCGCGAAGAACUGGAGGCGGAGAUCCAGAAGAUCCGGGAGGAGGAAUCGUUACUCAGAGAUCACCUCUCCAUCUCAGUCAAGGAGAACAGGCGACUUGAGACGGAAUUGCUCGACAGCACCGAAAAGCUAACAGAAGCACAAAGCCAAAUAACCAAACUGCAGGCAAAUUUGGAGAACAUCAUGAAAGACAAGUUUGGAGACCUGGACCCUGGCAGCGCUGACUUCUUUCUUCAGGAGGAGCGAAUCAAACAGCUGCGCUGCGGUUACGAAGCACAGUGCAGGGAGCUGCAGGACCGUAUCGACGAGCUGCAGUCGGAGCUGCAGGGGUUUCACAGUCUAGGCCGAGCUCACGAGUCUGGCGGUAAACCUCUGUCCGAGGAGCUGGACAGCAAAAGCCCCGGCACCGAGUCCGACCCAGGUAUUGGUCCAGAUGAGGUCCAGCCUUUCAGCAUGAGCCUGGAAGCUGAGAUGAUGCUGGAGCAGCUGAAGGAGCAGCACCUCCAGGAAACGGAGCACUUACAAAACCAACUUCAAAGCAAGAUCACUGAAUUUGAAAGGACUGUGGAAGAGCAGAAGGCGACCCACAAGGACCAGAAAGCUGCCCUGAUCCUCCAGCACCAGGAGGAGGCCCGGGGUCUGAGGGAGCAGCUGGCCGGAGCUCAGAGCCACGCAGAGCGGCUUCAGAACCAGCUCCAGCAGGCGGAGCAGGACCGGACCCGUCUGGAGCAGGAGCUGGCCGCUGAGACAGAGGAGCUCCAGAACCAGCAGGAAGACGAAGCCACAAACCUCAGACAGCAGCUCCUGGAAGCUCACGCUCAGAUCGCUGACCUGGAGGACCAGCUGAACUCACUGGAGAGCCAGCAGGCGGAGAUGGACGAAAACCUCCUGGCCAAGAUGGAGGAGCUGAAGAACCAACACACCGCGGAGGUUAGCAAGUUAACGGAGGAGCAAACACAACUGCAGCGGCAAAAGGACGAGUCGGAGCGGAGGUUGCUGGACGACUGGGAAAGGGAAAAGAGAGUCCUGGAGGAAAGCCACCAGAACAAACUUCAAGUCCAGCUAGAGGAGGCGAAGCUGCUGUUUGAGAAGGAGCAAAGUGAAAUGGUGAAGACGUUAAUGGAGCAGUGGCAGGAGGAGAGAGCGCAGCAGGACGAGCAGAACAGCAAGACUCUGCAGCUGCUGCUGGAGGAAGAGAUGCUGCGACUGGUCAGGGAGCAAGAAGAGAAGGAGAACCAGCUGAGGGAGAGCUGGGCGAGCGAACGGGCGCUGCUCGAAAAGGAGAGGCUGCAGCUGCAGGAGCAGCUCCAGCAAAGGGAGAAACGGCUAAAGGAAGACUGGGAGAGGGAGAGGCUGCAGCUGGAAGAGGACUACGAAGGGAUGAUCCAGGAGAGGCUGAAGGAGGAGAGAGAGAAGCUCGAGGCUGAGAGAGAGGUGGAGAAGCUGAUGGCGGAGGAGAGGGAGCGGCUGGAGGAGAGACACGGAGAGGCCCUGAGGGAGCUGAGCAACAAGCAUGCCGAGGAGAGGGUCGCACUCAGCGCAGCGCUGGACCGACUGAGAGAGGACAUCGCCAAAGAAAGAUACAAAGCUACUCGUCUUGCAGAGGAAAACGUCUGUCUACAAAAAAACAUCGCCGCUCUGAAGGAAGAAGACUUAAAGGAGGCCAAGGAUGAGUUGAUACAAACCUUGGACCAUUUGGAAAAAGAGAAGCUCGCAGCUCAACAAGCAGCUGACAGUUUCAAUAAACAGAUUUCAGAUUUGCAUUCGCAGAGCCAGCAGCUGGAGGACGACAACGGCUUCCUGGUGGAGAAAAACGCCCAAAGCGUCGCCGACAUCGAGAGCCUGCGAGAGCAGCUGGCGGAGCAGAUGAAGGAAAACAAGAUGAGGGAGGCCCUCCACUCCGAGGAGAAAACCAAGAUGGCAGCUUGUGUGUCUGCUCUGGAGGCAGAGUUUGACAAAGCUCUGAAGGAGUCCGCACAGCUGGAGGAGAGAAAUGGCCAGCUCUCACAGCAGCUCUCUGACCUCAGGGAGAAGGCCUUCCACGUGGAAUCGAUGGAGAGUCAGCUCAGCAGUCUGGUAGAGGAGUGCAGGACGGUGGAUAAGGAGAGUGCCGGUCUGCGCAGCCAGCUAGCUAAAGCUCAAGACCAGCUGAUAUCUGCAGAUGAGAGCUUCAAGGUGGUAAACCGGCAGAGCGCCCGCCUCAAGUCAGACCUCCGCGUUCUGCAGCAGGAGAGGGAUUCCCUGAAGCACGAGGUCGCAGUGCUGCACAAACAACUGCAGAAUGCAAACGAGAAGAACCAAAUUUUGGAGAUGGCCCUGCACUCCAGUGGCCUGCAGAGUCAGAGCAGGAAGCUGAACAGAGAAGAUAUUUCCUGGGUGAUGGAGAAGGAACAGCAGCUGCUGAGGCAAGAAAACGAGAAGCUUAAAGCUGAAGUCCACAACAUCGGCAGCGACCUCCUCCAGUCCAGAGAGAAGAUCCGACAGCUUGACGCCACGAUCCUCUCGCUGAGCAAACAGAAACAGCAGAGCCAUUCCUCCUUCCUGAAGGCCUUGGAACAGGAGAACUUCUUCCUGAAACAGCAGCUGGAAGCAAAAGCCGAGCUGCCACGGGGCUGCGACGCUGAGCAAAGCCACGCAGACCUGGACAGUCUUUUGCAAGAAAACGAGUCACUCAAGACACAGAUGGCUCGAAUGUCAACACACAUGAUGGAGUCGUUUCACGCCCAGUACGGCGGACAUCUUCCUCCAUCGCCUCAGAGGGGGCCGAGGGGACAGCAGCGUGGUGACGACCCAGACAACAUGCAGGGGGCGCCGCCGGAGCAACGGGCCGCUCACGCAGACAGCUGCAGGCGGAUCGGUGGAUUGUGACAGUCGCUGCUUCCCCUGUGCUCGACUUCUUUAACACUUCUCCUCUCUUCUGACAUAUUUGAAAUCAGAGCGUUAAAUGUGAUGCCCACCGCUCUCCCGCAUCCUGAACAAAUGUGCCUGACUGAAAAGGCACAAAGGUGCGAUUGUGUUUCUCUGCUGCUAGGGGGCAGGAAUGAGCAAAGAGGGAUCCUGCCAGGGUAUUUUUAUUUUAUUAGUAGUAUUUUUUUUUUUUUUACAAAGCAACAUGGAUUUACAACAAUGACACUGAAAGCUAUGUUUACCAGACAUAUUUUAGAAAAUGUGACUUUUACUGUAUGUACAGUUGACAGAUAUUGACUGUUAUAGUUUACUAAAUUGGGUUGAUUACAGGGAGUUUUGAUGCUGUAUGUUUCAUUAGAGCCCUUUUACUGUUCAUAAUAAAUGUGACAGGGCAUUUAAAUCAUCAGAGGCAACAUUUUAUGGAUAUUUUUGUCUUAAUAUUAUGGAGAAAAGUUACGUUUUAGAUGCAUUUUGUUCCCUCUGAGACUCUUCAUUUAAUCACCCGACAUGUCACUGUAUGGUGUAAGACUCCUGGUGUUUUGUUUUCUUUCUGUUUAAGCUAGAAAUGUUAACGUGUCACGAUAAAUGUAGCUAAAUAUGUUCUGGACCUGUUUUUGUUGCUGCUGUGCAACCAAACUGAAGUUUUUCUGUCACAUGUUUAUUUCACUUCCUAUUUUUCUGGUAUUUAUCUUUAAUUGGUGUGCCAUUAUUGCCAUAUUUAUUUUUUGAGUUGUCACUUGUUCUUUUCCUCCUCGUUGUAUGGUUAUUUGUUUUGGUUAUUUAUCUUAUCUUAAGUUUUAUUUAUACAUUAAAUUAUUAAAUUUUUUUUGUAGGCAUAUGUGAAAUUAUUUUAAGCAUAUUUCAUUUUAAUUUAUUUUUAAGGAAUCACUUUUAGAAUUGUACCGAAAAUCAUUCUCUGCAAAAAUCAGUUGGAAAAUAAAGCAACCAUGUCUCAAAAAAAAAA